AUGUCAAGCAGAACGAAGCGGAAUCGCGCAGAACAGCCGGACAAGAAGAGAAAAAAGGCCAAGCGCGACUCGGACGAAGAGGACUUUGAAGCAAGCGAAGCCUCUGCCGACGAGGGCAUUGACAACGAUGAGCUCGACGCGUUGAGCAAGGACAACAUCAUUACCACCGGUCGGCGUACGCGUGGGAUCCGCGUCGACUACACCAAGGUCAAAGGCUUCGCGGGUGGCGACGAUGAUGACGACGACGACGAAGACGAUGAGCCCAAAAAGAAGAAGAAGAGCAGCAGCAGCUCGAGUAAGAGCAAGAGCAAGAGCACAAGCAAGAGCGCGCCGAAGGCGUCUAGCUCGAGCUCUUCGAAGCGGCAGCCCCCUGCACCUCCGUCAAAGCCCGUGAAGAAGACGAAGAAGCGCAUCGUCUCGGAUGACGAAGAUGAGGACGACAAGAGGACAAGAAGGCCGACGACGACGACGAAGAUGAUGACUGAAGGAUAUAGGCGUUUUCUGCUGUACGAUAUUGCCCGUUGUGGUGGACAUAUAACAUAUCGCUCGCCGAAGCUUACUGGCGUCCGCGCUCGUCUGCCGCAGUGCCGCGCGACCUGCGCUGGCAACGCUGUGGAGAUCGUUACCCAACGAAAGACCGCUAGUCCAACUUCUUCAAACCCUGGGCUCAUCAAUCUGCGGAGUGUCGAACAUAGAGAGGCUCACAGUUCCGGAAUCGAGGCUAUUCUCCUCAGUGGGGAAAAUGCCUUGCUACGUCUUCUCAGUAUCGAAGAACACAACCUUACCACCGACAAGCUUGAACCGUUGCAAUACGCGCCGGCGCUGCAAGAGCUGAAGCUCUUCUGCUUCGACUCCCUCCAGCGGCCGCAGCAAACUUUUGACCGCAUCCAUACCGUCACCAUCCACGGCACUCAGACUACAAUUCGCAACGUUAUCGCAAACACCGUUUUCCCUGCCCUCAAAUCCCUCCACGUUGAGGUCAAAUACGAAGUCUACGACGCGCUCUCGACCCCCCUCACCGCCUCUAUCGGCGCGCACUUCCCCCACCUCACCACCCUCCACAUCCACGCGCCCGCGCCCCACCUCCUCGGACGGAUCCCGUCCAUCGCAGGCCCGUCCCUCUCCGGCAUCGUCGCCCCGCUCCUGCCCCUCCGCGCGCUGCAGUCCGUCGCGCUCGACCUGCCCCGGUUCCGCGUCGCGUACACGAACGACGACCUCGCCGUGCUCGCCGCCGCGUGGCCGGCCCUCCGCGCGUUCCGCCUCGCGUGCGCGACGACGCCCGACAAGCGCGCGCGCCUGGACGCGCUCCCCGCGUUCGUGGGCGCGUGCGCACACCUGCGCGCGCUGCGUCUGCCGGAGGUGGACUUUCCGUGGGUGCCGCUCGAGGCGCUUGCGGGCGGCGCGCCGGCGGGCGGGUACGCGCGGUUGACGACAUUGGAGAUCGCGGGCGUGGUGGUGCCGCCGGUGCCGGACAUCGGAGACGCAGUUGCGGCGGAGCUGCGGAAGGUUUUCCCUCGGGUCGAGCAUUGGGCAAGGUGCCCGAUCGUGGUGCGGGUGUGA